GUGGUAGACGGGUAUCCACUUGGCUAUCGUUUGAAGGGGCUGUGGGAAACCCUGCGCGAGGGCUUUAAGGACUCUGGGUCCUGCCUUCGCGCCGAGGAGGCCUCGUUCCUGAGUUCAGGUCUGACCCGGAUAAGCCCCAGGAUAUUUUUGCCAUCCUUUCUUUCCAUGAUGUGACGAUUAUUCAGGCCAGGAAGAAUAAGAUCUUGUCUUUCAGCCCAGGCUCACUAUAUGUGACAAAUGCUGCUUGCUGCAAUUUUUCUUGAAGAUUAAUUAGUUACACCAGAUAUGCUGCUGUUCUUUACUUUGGGAUUGCUUGUACAUUUUGUGUUCUUUGCCUCCAUCUUUGACAUUUAUUUUACAUCUCCUUUGAUUCAUGGAAUGACUCCUCAGUUUACACCAUUGCCACCUCCAGCAAGAAGAUUAGUGCUGUUUGUUGCUGAUGGCCUGCGAGCAGAUUCACUUUAUGAAUUAGAUGAAAAUGGAAAUUCAAGAGCACCAUUUAUUAGGAGUAUCAUAAUGCAUGAGGGCAGCUGGGGUAUAUCUCAUACACGUGUGCCAACAGAAUCUCGGCCGGGUCAUGUAGCCAUGAUAGCUGGGUUUUAUGAAGAUGUCAGUGCAGUUGCCAAAGGAUGGAAGGAAAAUCCUGUAGAAUUUGAUUCUCUUUUUAAUGAAAGCAAGUACACAUGGAGCUGGGGAAGCCCAGAUAUUUUACCUAUGUUUGCCAAAGGUGCUACUGGAGACCAUGUUUAUACUUACAGCUAUGAUGCGGAAAGAGAGGAUUUUGGUGCUGAUGAUGCAACAAAACUGGAUACAUGGGUUUUUGAUAAAGUUAAGGACUUCUUUCAUGCUGCCAGAAACAAUCAAUCUUUGUUUUCUAAAGUAAAUGAAGAAAAGGUAGUUUUUUUCUUACAUUUAUUAGGACUUGAUACAAAUGGACAUGCCCACCGACCAUCAUCAAGGGAGUAUAAAGACAACAUUAAAAUAGUUGAUGAUAGAGUAAAAGAAAUUGUCUCCAUGUUUCAACAUUUUUAUGGAAAUGAUGGAAAAACAGCAUUUAUUUUUACCUCUGACCAUGGAAUGACAGACUGGGGUUCCCAUGGGGCUGGUCAUCCUUCAGAGACUUUGACUCCUUUAGUCACUUGGGGAGCUGGAAUCAAGUAUCCCCAAAAAGUAUCAGCUCAACAAUUUGAGGAUGAGUUUUUGAAAGAAUGGAGACUGGAGUCCUGGAAGAGGCAAGAUGUCAAUCAGGCUGAUAUUGCACCAUUGAUGGCUUCUCUUAUUGGAGUUCCCUUUCCCCUUAAUUCAGUGGGAAUCCUUCCUGUGGAAUAUCUUAAUAAUACUGAUCUCUUCAAAGCAGAAAGCAUGUUUACAAAUGCAGUACAGAUUCUUGAACAGUUCAAGGUGAAAAUGACUCAGAAAAAAGAAGCUACUUUACCAUUUUUGUUUACACCAUUUAAGUGGCUCUCUGAUUCUAAACAGAUAGACAUUUUAAGAAAAGCAAGAUUGUACAUAAAACAGGGAAAGUUUGAUGAAGUGGUUUCCCUUUGCACAGAACUGAUUCAUCUUGCAUUAAAAGGAUUGUCCUAUUAUCACACUUAUGACAGAUUCUUCUUGGGCAUCAGUGUUGCUAUUGGUUUUGUGGGUUGGACUUCUUAUGUUUCUUUGCUGAUCAUCAAGUCUCAUUCCAACCUAACAAGAAGUAUUAGUAAAGAAGUUAAGAAAGCAAGCCAUCUCCUGCCAUGUAGUUUUGUAGCUAUUGGAAUUUUAGUAACAUUCUUCCUGCUGAUUCAAGCCUGUCCCUGGACUUACUAUGUAUAUUGUUUGUUGCCAGUGCCAAUAUGGUAUGCAGUUCUAAAAGAAUUUCAAGUUAUUCAAGACCUUGUUGCAUCACUAUUGACCUUUCCUCUGAGCCAUUUUGUUGGGCACCUGUUAAUCUGUACCUUGGGAAUUGAAGUAUUAGUUCUCAGUUUUUUCUACCGCUAUAUGCUUACAGCUGGACUUGUUAUAUUUGCGGGCUGGCCAUUUCUCACUCAGCUGUGGACACGAGCAAAGGUCACCUCCUUGAGUUGGACUUUCUUCUCUUUGCUCCUGGCAGUGUUCCCACUGAUGCCUGUUGUAGGUCGAAAGCCAGAUCUCUCUUUGGUAAUGAGUGCAGGCUUGCUGGUUCUUCUACUAUCCCUGUUUGUUAUAACAUCUCUCAUCAAAAGAAAAAAUAGUUUUAUCAAGGAAGAGUUAUUGGUACAUCUAUUACAGAUGCUGAGCACAGUGCUUUCCAUGUAUGUUGUGUAUAGUACCCACAAUAGUCUACUCAAGAAACAAGGACUGCCUCUUAUGAAUCAGGUUGUGAGCUGGGCAAUAUUGGCCUCUUCCUUGGUGGUGCCACUGCUGAGUUCUCCAGUUCUCUUUCAGCGAUUGAUUAGCAUACUUCUUUCCUUGAUGUCAACCUACUUGCUCCUAAGCACAGGGUAUGAAGCUCUCUUUCCAUUAGUGUUAUCAUGUUUGAUGUUCAUCUGGAUACAUAUGGAACAAGAAACCCUACAACAAUCUGGUGUUUGCUGUAAACAAAAGCUCACAAGUAUCCAGUUCUCCUAUAAUACUGAUAUAAUUCAGUUUCGACAUCUCUGUCUGGAUGACAUCCGUAGAGCUUUUUUCCUUGUUUUCUUUUUAGUGACAGCAUUUUUUGGAACUGGAAAUAUAGCCUCUAUUAACAGCUUUGAUCUUGCCUCUGUCUAUUGCUUUCUGACUGUAUUUAGUCCUUUCAUGAUGGGAUCCCUGAUGAUGUGGAAGAUUCUAAUUCCUUUUGUUCUUGUCAUGUGUGCUUUUGAAGCAGUUCAGUUAACUACACAGUUAUCAUCAAAAAGCCUUUUUCUCAUUGUCCUGGUGAUAUCAGACAUUAUGGCUUUGCAUUUUUUUUUCCUGGUUAAGGACUAUGGCAGCUGGCUUGAUAUUGGAACAAGCAUUAGCCACUAUGUGAUUGUCAUGUCCAUGACCAUCUUUCUGGUGUUUCUCAAUGGCCUGGCACAGCUGCUCACAACAAAGAAACUCAGACUGUAUGGCAAACCCAAAAGCCAUCUCAUAUGAUGUUAUGGAAACCUUCAUUUAGCAUCUGGAUUCUCUCUCCUGCUCAUCUAAAAUCCCAUUAAGGAUUCAAUAGGAAAAUGCAUUUUGAUGCAUUGUAUAUUUCUGUAGAAAAAAUAAUAUUUUGAAUUCUGAACUUAUAGGAUAUCUGGGAUAAAGGAGCUUCCUUUUCUUUCUUUUUCUUUUAAGAUUGUUCAAUCAUUGUGAAACAGUAAUGAUGUCUAUAGAAAAGCAUUCUCCGUUCUCAUUUUGUUUUCUUUUAGCUGGCUGCUUGUCUCAGUGAUGUUUCAGAGCACUUGUCACAAUCUGAUCAUCAAGGUACCACUCCCCAUAUGCCCGAAGAAGAUCAUGCUUCUGUGAGGGCGGUAGUGGUGGCAUCCAAAAUCACUGGUGUGGCUGAACUUGAAGGGCUCACCACAUGGCACUGUAAAUAUAUAUCAGCUCUCAGCACUGGUUUUGUAGCAGUUCUAACUGCUCAAUAAUAUCACUUAUAAGACAAUUAGGGUAUCUUAUUUCAAAUUGACUAAAGCUCUACUAGAAAAAUA